AUGUCGCUCAAGGAGAGCGACAGGACUGAACUACAUACAUUCUCAGAUGCCUCGGAGAAGGCAGUGUCUGCAGUUUCCUUUCUUCGUGUUGUCAGUGAUAAGGAUACGUUUGUUGGAUUCGCCUUAGGAAAGUCGAAACUCGCUCCGUGUCAUGGACAUACCAUACCACGCCUAGAACUCUGCGCAGUGGUUUUAGCGACAGAAAUUGCUCGGUUUGUCAGCAAACAGCUCGAUGUGACUAUUCACGAGAGGAAAUUCUACACAGACAGUCGUGUAGUGCUCGGAUACAUUUACAACAGGUCAAAGCGUUUUCAUACUUACGUUUCGAAUCGUGUUCAGCGCAUUCAAUUGGAAACGUUACCCGAAGAGUGGAGUCAUGUGUCUUCGGACCAGAACCCAGCAGAUGUUGGAACGAGGUCAUGUACGGUUGAUGAACUUGCAGACGGAGCGUGGUUAAAUGGCCCUAGCUUUCUGCACAACACUGCAAGUCUCAAUAGGGGUUUGGACUAUCCACUACAGAAUCCAGAGGAUGACAAGGAAAUCAGGUCGAAAACAAUGAGGACGACAGUCAGCAGGUCUUUAGGACUAUCAAGGUUCGACAGGUUUUCCUCGUGGAAAUCGGUAAUUCGUGGACUCCUCUGGUUACAGAAUUGUGUAAUGAAAAGACAUGGACACUCCCCAGAGCACUAUACCAUACUGUACCGAUCGGCGGAGAUCUUUCUCGUAAAGAUUCUUCAGGAGGAAAACUUUGGUCAGAAAAUUGCCAAUCUCGGCAGUAAGAAGCCAAUUCCAAAAGAUAGCCCAUUGAGGUAUUUGGACACCUAUUUGGAUGACGAUGGAGUUAUACGUGUUGGUGGUAGAAUUCGCACAGGGGAUGCUUUGUCUGGACAACAUGGACCUAUUGUAAUUCCGGGGAAGACUCAUCUGGCUCGUCUGAUCGUGCUCCAUCUUCAUGAGAAGACGCGACACCAAGGACGGAACAUCUUGGUGGGCGCAGUCAGAUCAGCAGGUUACUGGAUACUCGGAGCCAAGAGACUUGUGUCAUCUGUCAUUCAUGCAUGUGUCAAUUGCAGGAAACUUCGUCGGAAGUUGGUGUGUCUGAAGAUGGCUGACCUACCAGAGUUUCGGACAAAGCCUACACCACCCUUCACUUAUGUCGGUGUCGACACUUUCGGUCCAUGGGAAGUUUCUACCAGAAAGACUCGAGGAGGCGCAGCUAACUCCAAGCGGUGGGCGAUUCUUUUCACUUGUAUGGCCAGUAGAGCAGUGCACAUCGAACUGGUAGAAGAGAUGUCGUCAUCUGCCUUCAUCAACGCUCUACGACGCUUCGUCUCACUACGGGGGAAGGUUACAGAGUUCCACUCAGACCGAGGUACUAACUUCGUCGGCAGUACAGACGCACUCAAGAUCAACGCCGUGAACGUCGAAAAUCCUGCCAUGAGGAAGUUCUUGGUAGACAGUGGAUCUACGUGGGUAUUCAAUCCACCGCAUGCCUCCCACAUGGGAGGUGUCUGGGAAAGGGUCAUCGGCACGGCCAGAAGGAUUCUUGAAGGAAUCAUUGUGACAGAAUCACGAAGAAAUCUGACUCACGACACCUUAAGUACGUUUAUGUGUGAAGUAUGCGCUAUUAUCAACAGUCGACCCAUUACACCAGUAUCAGUGGAUCCUUCGCAACCGUCCAUACUAUCUCCUUCGACAUUGUUAACUCAGAAAACGGAUCUUGAUUUGGGACCAUUUGAGGAGAUCGAUAUUAAGGACGCGUACAAGUCGUGUUGGAAACUCGUUCAAGUCAUGGCUAAUCAAUUUUGGAAGAGAUGGCAGAUCGAAUAUCUGCAUUCGCUUCAGUUGAGACGGAAGUGGAUAGACACUAGAGACAAUAUCCAGAAAGGGGAUGUUGUUUUACUCAAAGAGGAAGGCACAGUCAGAUGCCAAGCAAAGGAGAAGGAGUUGGAUGGGACAUGUCUCCAGGAUGCACCAAGAUUCCAUCCCUAUGGUAGCAAUAAGAUGGACACCACCAGGAAAAAGAAAGAGAGGAAGAAAAAAGGAAACCUGAAGACGGUCUAUUGA